CUAUAUAGCUAGGGAACCACUUGGACCAUGGAGUUCUCUUUUGAGUCUGAAGGUGACGAGACACGGUCCAGGUAGGCUUUUAUCGAAUUUUCAGACUUGAUGCGUCACCGAAUCGCCUCCAGGUGCCAUCGACCCGUGUGGCCAUUCCCACGGGAACCACUGCCAUGGAUGAUUGCACUGAGAUUAAUUAACCCUGGACCAUCUCAAUCAAGCGGAGAAAAUUCAUUUAUUCCCAUGUCUUUUUGCAACUCUGCCAUUCCACCAACGGGAGAAGCCGUUUGCGGGCAUCAUGAGGAGAAUGCGGGGUUCAACCAGACUUGUACCUAUUUUCGGCGAACAACUCUCCGGGAUACAUGAUUCAAGAGUGACAAUAUCCAUGUCUUUGCGUGUGGAAUUUUGCGUACAUAUCAGGAUGGCGUACUGCCCGAGGAAGGCAAUUCACGUCGCGUUCUAGUCACGGCUGACCACUGCCAUCGCCACAAUGCGUUUUCCAGCCCAGACACUCGGCUUCCUGCUGAGUUUCCUGCCUACAGUCGCGGUCGCACUGACCCACAAAGGCGUGGACUGGUCCUCUCUGCUGGUCUCCGAGUCUGCCGGUCGCUCAUUCCAAGACGUCAAUGGCCAGACCCGGCCGCUCGAGCAGAUCCUCGCAUCGAAUGGCGUCAACACGGUUCGUCAGCGCGUGUGGGUGGGCGCGGGGAGCACGUACAACCUCGACUACAACCUCCGACUCGCGCGGCGCGCAAAGGCCGCAGGCAUGAAUGUGUACCUGACGCUGCAUUUUAGCGACAGCUGGGCCGACCCGGGCCAGCAGACCAUCCCUGCCGGCUGGCCCAGAGACAUUGACAACCUUUCGUGGAGGCUCUACAACUACACCAUGGAGGUGGGGAAUGCUUUUGCCGGGGCUGGCGUCACGCCCUCCAUCGUCAGCAUCGGCAACGAGAUCCGAGCCGGGCUUUUGUGGCCCACCGGCGACUACAACAACUUUUACAACAUGGCCAGGCUUCUCCAUUCCGCCAGCAGUGGUAUCAGGGAUAGCAGACUGGGCAGGGCGCCCAAGAUAAUGGUGCAUCUCGACAAUGGCUGGAACUGGGACACGCAAAAGUGGUUCUACGAGAGUCUUCUCAAGCAGGGGCCAUUUGUCCCGGGAGACUUUGACCAGAUGGGUGUUUCCUUUUAUCCAUUUUACGGCCCCGACGCAACAUUCGCCAACCUCAAGACAAGCCUGACCAACAUGGCAAACACGUGGGGCAAGGAGAUAAUCGUCGCAGAGACCAACUGGCCUACGUCGUGCCCCUCGCCCCAAUACCAGUUCCCCGCCGAUGUGCGCAGCAUCCCGUUUUCUGCGGACGGCCAGACGCAAUUCUUCCGGCGCGUUGCCAAGAUUGUUUCGGGGGUCAGGAACGGCAACGGACUGUUUGUCUGGGAGCCUGCCUGGAUAGACAACCAGGCUCUCGGGUCGUCUUGUCAGUCAAAUACCAUGUUUGCGUGGCCGGGAAAGGCUUUGUCGAGUCUGAGCGUGUUCAAGUCGAUGUGAUUGAAAAGGGUAUGAGGCAGGAAUGGGGGCAAGUCAUUCUAGUGGAUUCAAAGACGUAAGUAAGGUGCAUACAGCGAGAUCCCAUCAAGGUUCAUUCAUGGUGCAAGAC